AUGGAUAUUACGGCACCAUCUCCAUCACGGGUUCUCAAAGAAAGAGGAAUCGUGAACGAUUGGAACUUAAUCGCGUCGAAAGUCCGGGGUAGGACAAAUAAAGACUGCCGGAAGAGAUGGAGCAAAGUGGGAAAGGAGGUCAACAAAGGACUCUGGGAUCAUGAAGAAGACGAUCGAUUGAGAAGGGGAGUAGAGCAACACGGUACCUAUUGGACCAUGGUGGCCGAUAUCGUACAGACAAGACACGCAGACCAAUGCGCCAAAAGAUGGUACCACUUUCUCGAUCCAAACAUUAGUCAUGAGGAUUGGGAUAGCGACGAGGAAGCCCGACUUUUAGAGGCUGUCCUUGUACAUGGAAGGAGUUGGAAGAGCAUAAGUGAGAAGGAGUUCCCAAAUCGCUCACCAACAGAUAUAAAGAACCGAUAUGUUAUUAUGGAACGAAAGGGUCGAUUAAAACGACGGAAGGCAUCUACAACUCAGUGCCCUCCAGUACGAGAACGCAGCGGUUUCGACUUUCCCAAGGCCGAAAGACUCGACCAAGGCUUGCGCACAGAAUCGUCACCUGACCAUUCGAUGGAAUACGAAACGGAUAACUCUUUGAUGGGACAAUUGCCACUUCCGGGGCUUCCUCUCCAGCUCACCGCGCAGCAUUUGUCUCAUAACCAUUUUGACAACGAUGCACAUUCACUUUUCAAUUUUGAUGGGCUACCGCCUUUGCAGUUCAACGAUAUGUCUUAUUCAUCUACGGAACCUUCAUCACCUGGAAUUUUGUCCCAAAAUUCGGUUCCUACAGGGUACAACAUGGGCAUGCCAAUUGGUGGUCUUACAAAUGAAACGGAAGCAGAUAUUGACCAGCUUUACUGUGAAGACAUGAAUUUUGAUUUGGCAUUAGCCGAAGCAUUCUCGGCACCCGAUCACCGACAUUCUAUAUCUUCUACGCCACCAACCAUGAGCUCGCUCUCCGAUAUCCCGGCGGGUGGACAUAACUACAAGCUGAUACUAGAGGAUGUGAAGCCAGACACAUUGUUCUCCAUAGUAAACAUGCUUGUGGAAUCUAGGAGUAAUGUGAAGAUGGAGGUCUUCAGUAACGUUGCUUGA